ACGGAAGUCGAGAUAACUCUUUGCCUACAGAUGAACAUAAAUGUAAAACAAUAGUACCGAAACUGGUAGAAACACGAUUUUUUUACGUGCCCACAAGAGUAACGAACACGUAUUCAGAUUAUUCAGCUCGAAAACAUGAAAAAAAGUAAAGGCAAUCGUGUAAAAAUAAACAAAAGAAACCAACGGAAAAGACCGGAAGCUCCGGGCUGUAGAGGGUUAAACGGAGCGGUGUGGUGAAUGUGUAGAGCUCUACUGUAGUGCACCACACACAGCCAAUGGAAUGCGCGCGCUGCAUGACUCAAGCACGGAUCUUUUGUGUAUAUUUACAUUAAUAAAACCGACACGGGUGGAUUAGGACGCGUUAUAAGACGCCAUGGAGCAGUGGCAUGCACGUGAGGUGUUAAACGGAGGAGCUGAGCCGCAGAAAAGGAGUUGAAGAAAAAAAUCAAUAACCAGCAUUACAGCACAGACAGACAUGGUCAACGCAUGCAAACUCCAACAGGCAGGCAAGCAAAUGUCAAGCCAGGAAAAGCAGAACACUUCGAGAUCGAGAAGAGGGAAAAUAAGACAAGCAGGGACAAGGAAACCAGGGACCAUGGUCCAUUACAACUUUCCACUCCCACAAAUGGAUCAUUCAUCUACCUUAAGAGUACUGACUAUAAGAGUAUUUUGGUUUUUGCUGAGUAAUUUACCGUCACAACCAUGAAUUCAAACAGCUUGCAACAAAAUUUUAUCUUGUUUCUUGAAAAGACAAAAGAGAGUAAAGAAGCACCCAAAAGCCUCAAUGGGCGUCUCUGUUGCGAGAAAUGCCGCUUUUCAACCAAAGACACUGCGCUAUUUGAAAGGCAUGUGGCACAACAUGAGGAAGUGAUCUUCUCCUGUACUAUCUGCAACCACAUCUCGUACUCAAGAGUCGAAUCUCAACGACACCUUGUAAAACAUAAAGGCUCGUUUCCCUACAAGUGUAAUUGGUGCACUUACGGAGCAGUCAGGAGGGACUACAUGGUAAAACACAUUCAGAGGAUACAUGGGAAGUCUGCAGAUGGAAUCUUUAUGACUGAUUGUACUAAACAAAUUGAAGGGACUAAUGGACUGUGCCUGUCCACUCCAAGAACUUUGGGUGGACCAUCACAUGAUGUAAAGUUUGUGAGCCAUUCAGCAGGAAAUGUGUCCAGUCUACUUUCUAGUGCGAGUCAGACAAGAACUAGUGCACCACAUCAUGUUAGUAGUACAACUUGUGGACUACCCGUUAUUAAGUCUCAACCCUACGUUGUGCCCAGUACUACUCACACAGUAUGUAAAGUUACACAAGGAAUUAUUAAUUCACCAAAUGUCACUGUUAAAGGAGUAGAUCCAACUGUAGGUAAAGCAAUUGAGUAUAUUAAAAAAAUGACUGAGAAAACAUCCUUGGAAAAGACUGCUGUAAGCAGUGCACUUCCCAGAGUUCAUGUUGGCAUAUCUGGAGAACGUGCAGUUCAGCAAAAGCCACCCCUUCAGAGCCAAGUGGUAGGAACCACAGAGAAGACAGAUAUUCAGUCCAAGAUAAUUCCGAAAAUUCAGGUUGGACUUCCAGUCAGUAAUAAUAAUCAUCUGAAGACACUUCUCAGCAACCAACGUGAAGCUCCAGUAUCACAAAAGUCAGUUAUUUCUGGAGCUGUGCAAAAUAUUUCAGUGGCACAUGUAGUACAAAGGCCUGUUCCAUCUUCAGCAAAUCCCACUAUCCCUGUUGAGCGAUUCAGACAGGGAGUACCAUCCAUAAAACAUGUGGCUCAGACACCAGGAAAAAAGAGUCAACACAAGGCAAGACCCAAUAUUCUUGUGAGGACACCACCUGUGACUCUUGAGUCAAGUACAAAGUCAGGUGUACAAGUGGGAUUGUUAGCACCCUUAAACCAGCCCAUCCAACACAACAGACCCUUGAUGAUAUCAGGUCCUCAAGAGAGAAACCCUCCCCGGUCCAAUGUUCAAGUGGAAUUGCUAGCGCCUUUAAACCAGCCCAUACAACACAACAAACCCUUAACAGUAUCCUGUCCCGAAGAGAUUACCAUCCCGGCUGGAUGCCUCGUUGAAUUGGUGGAGGUGAAAAAUGUCAAUGGUACACGAGAAUUGGAGCUUCGGCUUGUACCACAGCAGCUUACUGGUUCUCAACAGGGGGACCUGAAAAGUACUACUGUAACUGCUACAACAAGUAGGUUGUCAUUUAAAUGUAGGGUUGCUGCAGAUGAUAAUCAACCAAUAAAUAUGAACCAUGAAAUCAACACAGCAAAGGCAAAUGCCAUUCCCGAGCAUCUGGUUCAGCGAUCACAUCUAAAGAAAUUUUCAGAUGACAAGGUAAAUGUGAAAAAUGAAACCAAGGUGAACGAGAAAGUGUUUUCCUCCAUGAAGAAUGGGACACAGGCACCGGGAUCUUCAAGUAAAUGGUUCCACACUGUCUCAAGGUCAGUAGUGUCUAACCCUUCAGAAUCACAAAAGUUUACGCAACAACUAUGUGGCGGACAAAAACAUGUGACAGAACCAGUUAAGCCACUGUCUCACAUGAACUGCACAGGAAAAAACAUUUCUUCACAUGCAAGUAACAAGAACAUUACAGCUGAAGGUCUUAAAUAUGAGCUCAGAGCUCCUCAACCAUCAACAAACAAACAGGAUGAUGCAGAAUUAAGUUAUCAAGGACUCCCUGUUAUUUCAUCUGUUUUUUCAUUGUGCCCCAUUCCUCAAGAUACUCCGAGCCAUAUUCACACCAGAGAUGGAGAAGCUCAGCUAUCUGUAGUUUCAGACUCAAAACAAAGUGUAAAAAUCACAGACAACCAAAUAGUCUGUAGACCAACCCUGAAAACAGAGGAUGAAACAAGAUUGUUGACUGACAGUGUUCAGAAAUCUGGUCAACUUACUGAGAAGAAGGAUGAGAUUUUAGAACCCAAGGCACCUGAAGAUAUAGGGAAAGAAAAGCUAGACUCCAUGGGGGAGAAGCCAUUUGCAAAUGAUGAUGAGGAGGAUGAGGAGGACAAGAUUAUACCAGAACUCUGUAGAUCUUCAAUCAAUGCUGUACAGAUGGAUCCAUCAUCCAAUAUGAACAGUUCAUCAGUAAGCAAGAGUGACCAUUCCACACCUGAAAAAAUUGAGAAAACAACGUUGGAAUCGGAGAAGAGCUUGCUUGCACAGAGUGACAGUCCUCUCGCUUCGUCCAUGAAUCCUAUAGUAGCUUUGAUCAGAAUGCCAAGCUUGGAAUUUUUUUCCCUUUCAGAUUCUGCAAAUAAAGUUCCAGAGAAACAAGAUGGCGAAGAAAGCAUAACUGCUCGUCCUGUUGUCUGCUGCACGUCAAACCAGCAAAACGUACAAGAAAGAACAAUUAAGCUUGUUUUAAAGAGAAAAUGGUCUGAAACUAAAACUACUCAAGAUCAAAGGAUAGGCCUAGUAUGCAUUGAUAUACCACCCACAAACAAGAAAGCUAAAAAAGAAAAGAAGAGGGCCAAGAAACACAAGUCCCCUAAUGACCAGCAGUUGUUGGGGAAAUAUACAAUGGGAAAAAUGUGCUUGAGUCCGCUAAAAGAUGACCAACUAGUUAAACUUCCAGGACCAAAUCAACCUGUGGUGGUUCUGAACCAUCCAAAUCCACUAGUCCAGAUGGUCAGUGUAGAAGAUCAGACUUUACAUAAUCUGCACUAUAGAAACUCAGCUCCUGACCUCUGUAAUCAGGAUGGAACCACCCUGCCCAAACCUGUGAGAACGUGUCCUGCAUUUAAAAUGACACUGAAAAAAGUCCAGGGACAGAAGUAUCAGGUUACCGAGCUUCUUCUAAAAGGUGUCUCUGAAAAAACAAACCCUGGUUCACUAUGUUCUUCUUACGUUUCUCCUCCAUCGGUACACCCUUGGUAGUGUUUUCCCUAACUACUUUGCAAGCAAGUUAGAUGUUGCAUUUGGUACAGCUGGUAGGAACAUCAGGCUCUAAGGGGUUUUUGAUAAAAAACAGUGCUGGAAUGCAAGAAAAGACUAUUUACAGUGUUUCCUGGAACUUUUUUUUUUUGGGGGGGUGGUGGACUCUUGACAUUUUAGUUGUUAUUUACUCUGUACUUAAAAAUCUACUCAAGGGAUCCAAAGGGAUCCUAAUCUGGAUGUACAGUAAAUUGUUAAUACAUGUACAGGAAAAGCUUAUGUUUGUAUGUAAAGGUUUGGUUUAAAUAAAUGUUUUUGUACAUUUGACACAAGAGCUUUUCCAACAUAUCACAGUGUUCAACAUCAGUUAUUUCACUAUAGAAUAUUAACAUAACCACACAAACAAUAUUGACCCCAUUUUAUUUUAUCUUUUUAAAAUUUUAAUAUAAACCUGGAGACUUGCCUCGUCUUAGGUUAGAGUGCUCCCUAAAUGCUUUAUAUGUAUGAGUGAAGUAUGAACGUGACUUUGUGUAAUGUGCCAACAUCAAUAUUGAAGUGUUAUAAGACCAUUGGAUGAAUGCAAUUAAUUUAUAUAUUUCUAGCCAACAAGAUGUCCCAGCUUUUAGGAACUUGUUUGUUUGGAUGGUGUUAAAUGCAAUAUCAGACUGCCAUAUUAACAAUAUAACCAUUUUAGAUUUAAUUAUCACUGUAUACCAUCAUACAAAUCUAUUGUCACACCAUUAGAUGGAUGUUUUUUGUGAUUGUUAAACCUGCCUGACAAAUGUCCUACUUUUUUUUCUUAAGUUUUAUGUUAGGGAUCCACUGAAAUUGUAGCUGAAAUGUAUCAACCAAAACCACACUUUUAGUUUAAAUGCCAGACAUUUCGCCCAAGAACUUUUCCCACUAAGGUUUGAAUAAUCACGUCUGAACAUAACAUCCUGGUCAAUAUGUGGACUACAUGUAAUAGUUUUUUUUAUUAUUUUUAUUUCUUAGGUUGUUUUAUUUGACUGCUCAGUUGUGUGGAGUAUUGCAAGGAUGGAGCCUAUCAAAGUGUUCUUUCAUUA